AUGCCAGUCUACACAGGCUCGUGUUUCUGCCGCAAAAUCGAAUACGAGUUGAGACUGGGGUCCGCAGACGAUGCACGCACAACCCUCUGCCACUGCCGGAACUGCAAGAAAGCAUUUGGAACAAACUAUGGUCUUACGGCCAAGGUACCCAAAGAUUCAUUCCACCUAACCAAGGGUCAGCCCAAGGAACACGCAGGAGACAACGGGUCUGGGGCCACCAUCUAUCGAUAUUUCUGUGAUACCUGUGGUAGUUUUAUUCUGGAGUUUGGGGCAAGUUGUAGUCCACGGGAGAAUGCGAAGGACCAUUUCCGGUAUAUAUGCGUGGGAUCUCUCGAUGACCCAGAGGCGUUGCCACCCAAGGGGGAGUUCUUCUGCAAGGCUCGAGCGAGCUGGAUGCCAGAAAUUCCCGAUGUAUUCCAUAAACAAGAAAUUCAAAAGUGA